AUGUCAAAACGCACAACAUUCACGACCAUCUCACCUUUGCCCGCCGGCAUCACCCGCGAGGCCGUCCUUGACUUUCUCCACAACCACGUCGAGAUGAUCGAUCUGAACCCUCUCAUCAAGGAGCGCCACCGCAUCCCCGCCCCAUCCCAUGCGCCCCCGGAGGAGCACGCCUGCGCCUGGUACUCCCUCACCGACGAGAUAUCAUACCUACCCGGCGGCCUGGUCACCGGUAACGUCAGCUACACUUGCUGCUUCCACGACCUGCCCACCGGCAUGCAGACCCACUGCUACGCCCCGAUGGGCCUCGAGAUCCGGGAUAAGUGGACCGUAGCCGGCUGCCUGCCUGGCGAGCCUGUCGAGCCCGUCGAGCUCGGCAUCGGCGCCCCAGUGUUGGGCUUGUACAUCCGCGAGGACGUCGACAUGCGUUGCAACGUCUUCACCACCUCCUUCGUCAAGAAGACCCUGAAAAAGAGCCACGGCCUGCUGGUCGAACGCCUGCGGUCCAAAGUCCAGCAGGCCUCCUCCUCCCCUUCCGUAGCCGCUGCGGAUCAGCGGCACGCCAGCCAGACCUCGCUUCUGUCUGGGCCCGGCACCAACGGCGCAUCGUCGCACAUGCCCCCCCAUCCUCAUCCUCCACAGACCCAUCCGGGUCAGACUCACUAUACCAACGCCCCCGCCGACCAAAUCUGCUUGCCGUACAGGCCUUCGCAUCCCAAGUCGCCGUCUACACCACCCGGCGACGAGUCCCAGAACGCCACCUACCCGGAGCCGCUGCGGUUUCGCCACGCUGCCGCUCCCUUGACGUCGUCUCUGUGUUCGGACGCCGGGUCGCAGCCCGGCGGUCUUGGCGGUGGUAGUGGCAGCGGCAGCGGCAGCGGCAGCGGCAGCAACAGCAACUACACCCACGGAAGCCAAUCGGGUUUCGGAGGCAUCCAUCCCUGCGACGACACGCAUCAGCGUGCAGUCGCGGGGCAGCAGCAGUACAGCGGCGGGACUCUGCAGGGGCCGUUCGUGGCCGAGCUGGAUUGA